CGGUCCGAGUCUCAUUUAAAUAGUAAAGGAUAAUUAGUUGGGCAAGAAAUUCAAGUCGAUCCGAAUUUGAUACACUGACAGGUAACCCAAGCAUCUCUCAUUGUCCGUCCCAUUAGCAUAUACAUAUAUAUAAGUAGGUGAGUGGAUGAGAGACGCUUAUCACACAGCCUUACCUCUGCUCCAGAUCAGCGCGAGGAGACUCUUCACAGUUUGAAUAUGUCACUUACUUCCAUCCUCUCAGCUGAAGCCAUUGAAAAUGCCGUCAAAGACUGCCAAGCUCCGGACUCCUUUUGUUACAAAAAGUUCUUCCAGCUUUGUGGCCUAAGCCAGAAAACUCCUCAGGAGGUGAAGGAUGUCUUCCGUAUCAUAGAUGAGGAUAACAGUGGAUUUAUCGAGGAGGCUGAGCUCAAGUUCUUUCUCCAGCGGUUUUUCCCGGGGGCACGAACCCUGACAGAAAAAGAGAUUAAGAGCCUCCUCACAGCUGCAGAUGAUGAUAGUGAUGGCCGAAUUGGAGUAGAUGAGUUCCAGACUAUGGUUUCAUCCUGAACGAUUCCUCAAGCCCUCGGCUAUAUGCAUCGCAGCCUCUUCUGUCAUUUUACUUUUUACACCUGAUUUCUUUUCAAAAUAAGAAUCAGCACAUGAAGUAAAUCAAUGACUUUUGAAUACAUGUGUCUGUUCGUUGUCCCACAUUCACCUCAAAGGACCAAUGAUAAAACUGUUCAGGGAAAAAUAAAAUAAAGACACUAAACUGUU